AUGGCUAAUAAUAUCAAUAAUGAAUGUAAUAGCUCAAAUUUACAAAGUAAUUUAAAAGACAGUCAAUUUACACAACAGGAACAGUUGGGAGGCGACAAUGAAAUAUAUAAACAAACAAACCAAGAUCAAUUGCACCAACAAACAAAUGAUAAUGUAUUUAAUACAAACCCUGCAUUUCCAAAAUCUCAUUCUCUAUCCCAAUCGCAAUUUCAAUCACAAUCAAAUUCGAGCCAGCAACAAUCAAAUACCGAGUCAGAUGAUAUGAUACAAGAUAAUAAUGAUGUUUAUGAUGCUAAUGACUUUAAUGAAAAUAAUAGAGAUAGCACAUCUUCAGAAAAAACUUUAGAAGUUCCUAAUGAAGCUAUAGAUACUGCUGAUAUGUAA